AUGGCACAAAGCUUACGAUUGCACUUUGCAGCCAGAAGAAGCAAUACUUAUCCUUUGUCAGAGACCUCUGGAGAUGAUCUGGAUAGCAAUGUUCACAUGUGCUUCAAAAGACCAACACGGAUUUCAACAUCUAACGUUGUUCAAAUGAAGCUGACUUCUAGACAGACUGCACUAGCUCCGUUAAUACAGGAAAACGUUAAGUCUCAGGAAAGACCAUCUGCUCCUUCACCUGAAAACGGUAAUAAAAAGAGCAGCUGUCUGCAGAUUUCACUACAGCCAACAAGGUACAGUGGAUGUCUUCAGUCUAGCAAUGUCUUAGCUGAUAGUGAUGAUGCUUCAUUUAUGUGUGUCUUGAAGGAUGGCAUUUACAACAGUGCUGUGGCUGAUAAUGAACUUAAUGCUGUGAAUGAUGGUAACUUUGUGGGCAGUUCUGCCCUUCGCAGCAGUAGCCUUAGUAACUUUUCUACCAGUGAGAAUGGGUCUUACAGCAGCAACGGUAGUGAUUAUGGAUCAUGCACAAGUAUUACAAGUGGUGGUUCCUAUGCAAACAGUAUCAUCAGUGAUAGCAGUGGUUAUACGUUUCCACCAACUGAUGAUACAUUUCUUGGUGGAAAUUUAUCUUCCGACAACACCUUCAACAGAAGUGUGCCAAACAGGAAUACUACUCCUUGUGAAAUUUUUUCAAGAAGUCCAAGUACCGUUCCCUUUGUCCAGGAUGACUUGGAGCACGGACUAGAAACUAUGAAAUUGCCAGUGAGCAGACACUCGAAAAUUCCACUAAAACGCUGCUCAUCCUUAGUCAUUUUUCCAAGGAGUCCUUCAAAUACCCCACCGACUUCUCCAACAAGUACAGAUAUUCUUCCGAGCAAAGGAUCCUAUCAGACUUCACACCAGUUUAUAAUUUCUCCUAGUGAAAUUGCUCAUAGUGAAGAUGGUCCUAGUGCUAAGGGAUUUCUUUCAACAGCUGUCAAUGGACUUCGGUUAUCAAAAACAAUCUGUACUCCCGGAGAAGUAAGAGACAUACGACCACUUCACAGGAAGGGCUCGUUACAAAAGAAAAUUGUUAUUGCAAAUAACAGUCCAAAUCAGACUAUCUGUGAAAAGUCAUCUGAAGGAUAUUCUUGCGUUUCAGUGCAUUUCACCCAACAAAAAGCAACUACGUUAGAUUGCGAGACAGCAAAUGGUGAUUGUAAACCAGAGAUGUCAGAAAUUAAGCUGAAUUCUGAUUCAGAGUGCAGUAAGCUUAUGCAUAGGACAGCUGCACGUUUACCAUCCUCCCAAAAUGCAGAUUACCAAGCAAAUAUCAAUGGACAGUUGGAAAGACCAAAUUUACAGAUCAACAAAAAUCAUGCUGUUUUACAAAGAAGUAUUUCAUUGGGAGGAACUUAUCCAAAUGUUUCCUGUUUAUCCAGCCUUAAGCACAAUUGUUCUAAGGGGGGACCAUCACAAUUACUCAUAAAGUUUGCAUCUGGAAAUGAAGAUAAAGUUGAUAAUUUAUCAAGAAACAAUAGCAGAGAUUUCACAAAUGAACUAUCUAAUUCUUUAAAGCAUUCUUGUAAGACAAGAGAUGAUUUCCUAGGUCAAGUGGAUGUUCCUCUUUAUCCAUUACCGACAGAAAAUCCAAGAAUGGAGAGACCAUAUACAUUUAAGGAUUUUGUUCUUCACCCAAGAAGUCACAAAUCAAGAGUUAAAGGUUAUCUGAGAUUAAAAAUGACUUAUUUACCUAAAACCAGUGGCUCAGAAGAAGAAAACACAGAACAGACUGAAGAGUUAGAGCCUGGCUGGGUUGUUUUGGACCAACCGGAUGCUGCUUGCCAUUUGCAGCAGCAACAAGAACCUUCUCCUCUACCUCCAGGAUGGGAAGAGAGGCAGGAUAUUCUUGGAAGGACCUACUAUGUAAACCAUGAAUCUAGAAGAACACAGUGGAAAAGACCAACCCCUCAGGACAGCCUAACAGAUGCUGAGAAUGGGAAUAUUCAGCUGCAGGCACAACGUGCGUUUACCACCAGGCGGCAAAUAUCUGAGGAGACAGAAAGUGUUGAUAAUCGAGAGUCUUCUGAGAGCUGGGAAAUUAUAAGAGAAGAUGAAGCCACCACGGAUAGCAGUCAGGCCUUCCCAUCACCUCCAGCAUCAAAUAACUUGGAUGUUCAGACUCAUCUUGUAGAAGAAUUGAAUGCCAGACUCACUUUUUGUAGAAAUUCAGCCACCGGACAGCCAGUAUCCAGCUCAAAUCAUUCCAGCAGAAGAGGCAGCUUACAAGCCUAUACUUUUGAGGAGCAGCCUACACUUCCUGUGCUUUUGCCUACUUCAUCUGGAUUACCACCAGGUUGGGAAGAAAAACAAGAUGAAAGAGGAAGAUCGUAUUAUGUAGAUCACAAUUCCAGAACUACUACUUGGACAAAGCCCACUUCACAGGCCACUGUGGAGACCGGUCAGCUGCAGCCCUGCCAGGGAACCACACGCCCACAACCACAAGUUCUCCUGAGUGAUUCAGCACAACAGGUGACCCAGCCGGCUGAAAUGGAGCAAGGAUUCCUUCCUAAAGGCUGGGAAGUCCGGCACGCACCAAAUGGGAGACCUUUCUUUAUCGACCACAACACCAAAACUACUACCUGGGAAGAUCCAAGACUGAAAAUUCCAGCUCAUCUGAGAGGAAAGAUAUCACUUGAUUCUUCCAAUGAUUUGGGGCCUUUACCUCCAGGAUGGGAAGAAAGAACUCAUACAGAUGGAAGAAUUUUCUAUAUAAAUCACAAUAUAAAAAGAACACAAUGGGAAGAUCCCCGGUUGCAGAGUGUAGCAAUAACUGGACCAGCCGUGCCCUACUCCAGGGAUUACAAAAGAAAGUAUGAGUUCUUCCGAAGAAAGUUGAAGAAGCAGAAUGACAUUCCAAACAAAUUCGAAAUGAAACUUCGCCGUGCAACUGUCCUUGAGGACUCUUACCGGAGAAUUAUGGGUGUCAAGAGAGCGGAUUUCCUCAAGGCUCGACUGUGGAUUGAGUUCGAUGGUGAAAAGGGAUUAGAUUAUGGAGGAGUGGCCAGAGAAUGGUUCUUCCUGAUCUCAAAGGAAAUGUUUAACCCUUAUUAUGGGUUGUUUGAAUAUUCUGCUACGGAUAAUUAUACCCUACAGAUAAAUCCAAACUCGGGAUUGUGUAAUGAGGAUCACCUCUCUUACUUCAAGUUUAUUGGCCGGGUAGCAGGAAUGGCGGUUUAUCAUGGCAAACUGUUGGAUGGUUUUUUCAUCCGCCCAUUUUACAAGAUGAUGCUACACAAACCAAUAACACUUCACGAUAUGGAAUCAGUGGAUAGUGAAUAUUACAACUCACUAAGAUGGAUUCUUGAAAAUGAUCCAACAGAAUUGGACCUCAGGUUUGUCAUAGAUGAAGAACUUUUUGGACAGACACAUCAACAUGAGUUGAAAAUUGGUGGAUCAGAAAUAGUUGUCACCAACAAGAACAAAAAGGAAUAUAUUUAUCUUGUAAUACAGUGGCGAUUUGUAAACCGAAUCCAGAAGCAAAUGGCUGCUUUUAAAGAGGGAUUUUUUGAACUAAUACCACAGGAUCUCAUCAAAAUUUUCGAUGAAAAUGAGCUAGAGCUUCUUAUGUGUGGAUUGGGAGACGUUGAUGUGAAUGACUGGAGAGAACACACAAAGUAUAAAAAUGGCUACAGUGUAAAUCAUCAAGUCAUACAGUGGUUUUGGAAGGCUGUCCUAAUGAUGGAUUCAGAGAAAAGAAUCCGAUUACUCCAGUUUGUCACUGGUACAUCUCGUGUGCCUAUGAAUGGGUUUGCGGAGCUAUAUGGCUCAAAUGGACCACAGUCAUUUACAGUUGAACAGUGGGGUACCCCUGAAAAGCUGCCAAGAGCCCAUACAUGCUUUAAUCGCUUGGACUUGCCGCCCUAUGAGUCAUUUGAAGAAUUAUGGGAUAAACUUCAGAUGGCCAUUGAGAACACUCAGGGUUUUGAUGGCGUUGAUUAGAUUGCAAAUAACAAUCGGAGUGUUUCACUCCUGCUUUUGUGUAAGCAAAGUCUUGACUGACGGUUUUCCAGGGAACUACUACACCUUGGCCAUGGUUUCCUCCCAGAGAGUGGAGGAAAAUCAUAUAAAAGCAUACAAAGAAAUAGCAUGACAGCCUUACCAUUAUUUCAUUCACUUUUAAAUAAUGUGUUGCAUUUAUACAACUGUUUCUCUCCAUCUUUAGAGUUCACACUCUAGAAUAUAAGGCCUGUGCACCGGAAAUAGUGAGUUCUGUCCUUAACAUUUACCUCUCUUACAGUAUUGGCCAGGCAGUUGUUUCUUAAACUACUGAAAUGAUAACUGUGAAAUAUUUGUGAUAAGUGUCAUGUGUGAAAAGUGUGAUGCUUUUUGAGAAAGAAAACUGAUAUUUGGAUAAGAAUACUUUACUCUGAGUAAACUGCAAUAUACUUAGUGCUUCCUGCAGCUGUUUUAUGAUUUUGUAGACCUUCGUAUGGCACCUUAGCACCCAGAUUUUUGGAAAAUCCUUGGGAAGUGUGUUACCUGUACUUUUAGUCAACUGACUCACUUUUUAGUAAAAAAAAAUGUUUACUUCUUUA